CGGGCGGUUUGCAGCUUGUUGAAUGAGCCGCAGAUGGAGCGGCGGCGAGGACCGAGUGGAGGAGGUGGCGGCUCAGUCCCGGCGACACAGGGUCUGAAAGCACUCUUUUGUCAUUGAAGGAAUUUUGGAGAUGUGUAGGAAAAGGCUUGCUAUUUUACAGACAAUCUGGAAGAAAAUUAUCUGAACACAUUCCAAACCAAUUUGUGAUUCUCUUUACCUGUGGAUUUUAUAAACUUGACUGCAGAGUCAAUUCUGCUGAAGUACAAACAGAAUUUCAUAUCUCAAGACUGGUUUGACGCUUAAACAGUAUUCCUUUUUAGAACCACUUCUUCAGAACUACUUUUAAUCUCUUGAAACCUGCAAUUGGUUUCAAAAACGUUUUAAAAUGACGACAAUGGCAAGCUUGUUCUCGUUCACCAGCCCAGCUGUGAAACGACUACUGGGCUGGAAGCAAGGAGACGAGGAGGAAAAGUGGGCUGAGAAAGCAGUUGAUGCAUUAGUGAAAAAGCUCAAGAAGAAAAAAGGAGCCAUGGAAGAAUUGGAGAAGGCAUUAAGCAGUCCGGGUCAACCUAGUAAUUGUGUCACUAUUCCUCGGUCUCUAGAUGGUCGUCUUCAGGUAUCGCAUCGAAAGGGCCUACCACAUGUUAUUUAUUGUCGUGUAUGGCGAUGGCCGGAUCUUCAAAGUCAUCAUGAACUGAAGGCACUGGAGUGUUGUGAAUUUCCAUUUGGCUCAAAGCAGAAAGAAGUCUGCAUUAAUCCAUAUCACUAUAAACGAGUAGAAAGUCCUGUUCUUCCUCCGGUGUUGGUUCCAAGGCACAGUGAAUUUAAUCCACAGCACAGCCUACUUGCACAGUUUCGUAAUUUGGGACAUAAUGAUCCUCCUAUGCCACAAAAUGCUGCCUUUCCAGUUUCCUUUCAGCAACCAAACACCCAUCCCUUUCCUAACUCUCCCAAUAGAAGUUAUCCAAGCUCCCCUGGAAGUAGUACCUAUCCUCAUUCUCCAGCAAGUUCUGGGCCGAGCAGCCCACUUCAGAUGCCAGCUGAUACACCUCCUCCUGCAUAUAUGCCUCCAGAUGAUCAGAUGACACAAGAUGGUUCGCAACCCAUGGAUACAUCAAAUGUCCUCAUGCCUACAAUACCACUGAAUAUAACCAACAGACCAGAUGUUCAACCAGUUGCUUAUGAAGAACCAAAGCACUGGUGCUCCAUUGUCUAUUAUGAGCUAAAUAAUCGUGUGGGAGAAGCUUUCCAAGCCUCCUCUACCAGCGUCCUCGUUGAUGGUUUUACUGAUCCCUCAAAUAACAAGAAUAGAUUUUGCCUCGGUCUUCUUUCCAAUGUGAAUCGUAAUUCAACUAUUGAGAACACCAGGAGACACAUUGGCAAAGGUGUUCAUCUCUAUUAUGUCGGCGGAGAAGUCUAUGCUGAAUGCUUAAGCGACAGUAGUAUUUUUGUUCAGAGUCGAAACUGCAAUUACCAUCAUGGCUUCCAUCCAACAACUGUCUGCAAGAUCCCCAGUGGAUGUAGUUUGAAAAUCUUCAACAAUCAGGAGUUUGCCCAGCUUUUGGCACAGUCAGUAAACCAUGGCUUUGAAGCGGUUUAUGAACUAACUAAAAUGUGCACCAUACGAAUGAGUUUUGUAAAGGGUUGGGGAGCUGAAUAUCAUCGACAGGAUGUAACAAGCACCCCUUGCUGGAUAGAGAUUCAUUUGCAUGGCCCUCUGCAAUGGCUCGAUAAAGUUCUCACCCAGAUGGGUUCCCCACAUAAUCCUAUCUCCUCAGUGUCGUAACGGUGCUUGCUGUGCUGCUUCAUAGUGCUCAUCAAUUCUUGAGUGUUGAUUUUCUGGAGUUUGCAAUCACUUGAAGGACUUUUAAAAUGGGUACAUUCUGGACUGUACUAAAUGGGAAUCUGGAAGUUACUUGACCUUUUGUGACCAAUUGUUGGACAAAGAUGAUCAGUUUUUUUAGUUUACUGCUGUUCUCGUGAAAGUGUUCAGUUUACACUGUAGUAUUCCACUUCUGCCUAAUCUGAUGAAUUUAUAUAGGAGAUGAUUUUAGAAUGCUAAAAUGAUGAAAGGUGACCAAGCAUAGAUGAUUCACUUGAAUGUUAACUGUUUUAGAUGCUAGUUUGUGGCAAAAAAUAAAUGCAGUCUUUUUCCAUUGUAGCACAAUUUCUGCAUGGUAUGCUGAAGUUGAAGGUAUAUUGUAUGGAUGACUUGCAAAACCUCGAUACAUUAGGUCACUUUACAUCUGAAGUACAAUGUGGAAGUGGACCAAAUGAGUCUUGUGUGCAACUCUGUCUUAACAAGUGCUGACAUCAAUUUUUAAAAAUAAUUAAAUCAGAUAGUGUCAAGUUAUAGCUUAAUUCUCAGUACAUUUACAAAGUGUGUAUGGAUGUACAGGUAUGGCAAGAUUUAAAGUAGUUACAUUUGUCCUCUCUUCAAUUGAAUUGGGACUUUCAAUUUGACAAUAGAAAGACGUGGGUAAAUGGGCCAUGUGAUCUGUGCUGUGGGUAAAUUCAGUAUUUUUAACCAUUUAAUGUGUACUUUAAGUACUAGUACGUAACUUUACUAGUAAUUCAUUUACUAGUAACUAAGCAUUAGUUCAGAGGUUGUUAAUUAAACAUUUUUAAAAACAUCACUUCGGUAAACAAAAAUUGUUGUGUAUGCAUUAUUCUGGCUUUGUCACCUUUUAUGUGCUAAUUUCUCUUUAAAGAGCAGCAUUGAGAUAUUUCUAUAAAUCCUCUGAUUAGUGGGUACCAACAGGUUAGAUAUUUAUACAAUGAUUAAAAUAGUCUUGUACAUUUUUCUCCAGUUUUAUUGAUUAAAGUUGGCUGGAUAUUUGCAAUACAUUGUUAGUUUUCCAAGUAGUAGGUCAGCUUGUUUUAUAAAUAAUGCUCAAUUAUUUUCAGUUCUUAUAUGCACUUUUACACAAAACCUUUGCUGUUGUGCUGUGGAAUUGGGAAGCAACAUUUAUUUUGAGGAUUGCAAGUCCUUCAUUAGAAACCAUGUAAAUUGUUUUGUCAUGAUUUUUAAAGUAUAUGUUUCCUUUGACAUUUUGUAACAAGUUUAAAAGAAUUGCACCGCAACAAAAUAUAUGGUAAAAUAACUCAAAUUCUAUCUUUGAAGACAUUAAGGACACUUUUAUCCAACUAACUCAGAUUUGCAAUUUUUUGUUUAUUUGUUUAAAUGUUUUAUCUAUCUUUGGAUUAAUAUUUACUUGUGUGUGCUAGGUGGGCUGAGGGGUAUGCAGGGGAAAGUUGUGUUUUUCCGAGACAAAGUUAUAGAUUGUCACCCUGUUCCCAGACCUGUGCAAAAUAAUCUAAUUAAACAUAGGAGAAAUGAGGUCAUAGUUUGUGAUUUUUAAACAAAAGCUUAUUUUGUACUGAAUCCUCAUUGGUGUAUGCAAAUGUGGUUCAUAAAUAGGAACAUUCGAAUAUGUUGAAAUUUCAAUGCUCUAAACAUCUACAAUAAACCAUGUAACUUUGCACUGCAAAUGUUGUCAUGGCUGAAAUUGGUUUAUGCCAUAAUAUUGAGUGAAUUAUUUCUGAUAACACAAACAUGUUGCAAAAGAAUGAAAAUAUUUUGAAAGAUUGAUAAACUUUGCAAUUACGACUUGUAAUUCAGUAUGACUAAUAGUGGAAUUGGCUUCUGUGUGGUAGGAUUUGCCACCCUUGACAGUUCAAGCAGAACUAUCAUCCAGCUUUUUGGACAACGUGGUGACAAUGUCCAAUUGUUAGGAGGAAUUCUCUGGUUGUAUUUACAGAUUCAUAUUACCCAUUUCGUUGUGUGCACUGAAGUCAGUCAACUGCAGGAUCUAGUCAUUUUUGGGUAUAUUUCAUAGAAUGUUAUUCGGCAGGUUGUAUAACUGUCCUAAUUUCUUUGGGAAUGUUUAGUGUUGAGGCAUUGGCUCUUGUGCGUCAGAAACUUAUCAUAGCACAAUGGUCUCCAUUAUUUGGUUAUUGGAUAUUCAGAUAGGUUGCUAUGCAUUUUGUGAUGGGGUUUCUGAGUCUUAAUGUUGUGUAGAUAUUUUGGGGGGAUUCCUUGCAACCUGAUCAGUAAAAAGAGUAUUCUUCUCUAAAAUAACUGCUUUCACAUAGUCUAAGCAGGGAAUAUCUAUUUGAUACAUGUGACUCUCACUAUUAAUGAGAUUGUUCUGCAAGCUCAGAUUUUCUUUUGUCAAAAUUGAUAUUUGAUUUUCAAUCAUUCAAGGGAAACCAGGUAGAGUUUAUGAUGUGAGCCUUUUCUUUCCCUAACUUUUAUAGGGGGUACUCUGUGUGAACCAGGUGCGGCUGCUUUAUGGUUACUCAAAUCACCUAUGUAGACCCUUGUGACCAUCACAUAUUGGCUGUUUGUUUGGACUUGUGGGAUACUGGCUUUUGCUAAGGCCUUGUGUUACAACAAGGAAACAUGCAGUGUCUUUUGGCGAAAGGUUAAUAAAUGUCAGUAUGAAUGACAGUGUAUAAACUAAUGGCACCAGCAAACGUCCACAUAAAAUAGUUUAAUGACCUGCCCAUGGUGCUUAACAAUAAGUUGUGUGCUCUACAUUGCUGUCUCACCCAGCUGAAAGCCAAGGCUCAGUGACUGAGCCGUAAUGCUGAAUUAUUCAGCUGUUGGCCAAAGUAUGUUCAUGCUGUCAUCUGUGUAUAAUUUAUCAUUAGGAAUCCUAAUGACAAAAUAUAAUUUUCUGAUUAUUUUGCUCAGGUGAUGUAGUCUUUCCAUUGAAAACAACAUAAAAAUGGGUUGGAAACUAAUUGAGAACUUUACACCAUAGACUGUUAAGAUACUCAAUGUUCUAUUGGUAAAAGGGCAAGUCUUGCAUUAUUUUGUAGUAUUCUAUCUUCACAUCAGCUGUUUCAUAUAUAAAUGGUAACUAGUUAAGCUGAUUUGAUACGCCAGUUCUCUCAUCCAUGAAAAUAUUACACUUUUCCUACUAUCAUAAUGUAAGGUAACUGAUUCGAUCGUGUUCAUCAUUUUUGUAAGCAUGUUGUAUGAUUACCUUUCUGCUUGUUGUUUCUGUUGUCUCCAUCCACAAUGGAGCAGUGUGUAAAUUGAAGACCCCAGAAUUUUAAAGAGAGGAAGACAGCAAAGAAGUGUUUUACAGAGAUAACAUGUUCAAAAUAAACAUACUUUUCACUCAACAGAAAA